UUAUUAUAUUUCAAAAAGAUACUGACAAAGGUCAAUCGAGUCGACUGUUUAUGUUUUUAAUAUGAAAGAUUCUUCAGAUUUCCACGCAACUGGCACGGCAGUUUCCUUUCUUUAAUUACGCCAGUCAGCAACUUGGCUUUUUUUUUUAAACAUUGACAUUUUUGAGGUUUGAGUUUUUAUGGAAUUCGAUACUCUUUUUUUCACCGUAGACCCAACGCUGUUGGAGUCGUGAGAGUCUAAGUUUUAUACUUGAACGGGCUUCGCUGCAACGACAGCGUGUAACGGUUUUUUAUGUUCGAUGACAAUUGAGGAUGCACACGUGGCAGAGACGAGAUUGAGUUUUUAUUCAGGAUGAGACGGUGAAAUUAAGGAAAACCUCGAAUUAACGGGGUGCGAAGGAACGUCUGGUGUCCGCCGGUGAAUACGCGCGAUCGGCGAAGCGUGUGAAACCAGUUUCGUUGGUUCUUUUUUUUCCUUUUGCUUCAUCAAACCGGCUUAUUUAAAUAAAUACCGUCGGUCAUUCGUCUUUCGAGACAAACGAAAUUCAUCCGUUGCCUGUGCGAAACACGUAGGUACUACACACCGCUUCCAGGCAUUAUUGGUACUUUACAGGCAGGCUCAGUAAGGUAGGAGUGCCAGGCGGAGGGCAUUCAGUGGGUACAGGUGCAACGGUGCGCCUUUAAAGCCGAGUUUCCACGCGUCUAACCGUUGUUGAAUUCCGUAGGGAAAUAAAGAAACUUGCACAAUGCAUCUUGAAAAGUUCAAAGAUUUUUUUACUAGCUCCAUGCCAGCUUGUACGUGUCUCCGCCUUCGUAGACUGCCCCGGGAAACCGUAAUUAAAUAUGAACAUGAUUCUACAGAAUUUAUUUCUUCUAUUAUAGAGAAGUUACUGUAACUGAACCGUUCCAAUGGAUGCGAUAGAAUACCUGGAACGCACAGAAGACUGAAGUAAGCUUGGAUUAUCUACAAUCCACUGGAACACCGAAAUAAAGUUACAAUUCGGUGGUAAAAAUCCGACGACACAGGUUCCUCGAUUGAUCCAUGAAUUAAGAGCAAGAUUAACCGACGAUAAUUCUAACCGAUCCCGUCACGCGAUAACCACAGGACUGGUGGGGGCGGAGUUCGUUAGAUAGCGGAAGAACGAACGGACCUAGCCACCUUUCUGCAUUUCGAUUUCCUCGGGGCAAACGAUGCCGGCAAAAAUCACGGCCGGUUUCUCGGCACCGGCAUAUGGCAGACGUUACCUCAGGACGCAGCCGGUGCACCGUACCGCGACUAUUAUCCGCGUCGCCAUUAACGAAUCACACAGCGCUCAAAGCGUAACGGCCACGGAGGACGAAGCCGGAACUACCGGCGUGGAAUUUGUCUUCGUCGCCUGGCACCCGAUGGAGGCUGCAUCUUCUUGUCCGAGGAGGAGGAGGAGGAGGGUACUGGCCGCGCGUUGAACGGUCCUACGUAACUGCGUAUGCAACAUCGAUUAAUCGCGCGAGCGGUUUGUUAUUGUCGUUGAGGACAUUGGCCAAACGCGACGCGGCAGCACUACUAUUCGCUGCUUAAAGCGUACCCAGGAUCAAGGAUGCGGAACGGGCCGAGAGACGGUGAACUCGCGCGUCGUGUACCGAUGGAAUAUUAAGACGUAACAUAUUGGAAAGCUUUAGGAUGGAUUUAGUGGAUUGUCCUGCGAAUUUUCCUACCGAAUGAUGGCAAUCAAUGAUGGGUUUAUCUUGUAGUAUUGAGACAAUCACAACUGGUAUAUGAACUAUUGAGAUUUCUUUAAACGUAAGCUUAUCAUUGCUGGAUAUCAGUAUCAGUGAGUCUAUAGACCCCUAAUGCUACAGUGGUACAGUUAUGAAUAAAUGAUAUGGUAUGUAAACCAGUAGCGUUCGAUUCAAUCGUAUGUUUCUGAAAUAAAGGAAUAUAAUAGAAACGGUUUGGAAGGGUCUAAGAAAAUAUCAAACGUACACGAUGAAAAGAGCACGGCGGUGGUAGUGAGAUUAUUCGUAUACCUUUUACAUGCUCGUUAUUGGCGACGUAAUUUCAACGUGUAACGAGUCUCAAGGGGUCCCCGAACACGGCCAGGUAGAUAGAGAUCGACGCGCUGGCCGUGAACUUUGCACCGUGAGAAGACUUUUCUUUGCUUAACAAGUCGCGCAUCGAAGUUCCCGCGCUUGCGAACAAUGAAUCCUUCCUUCUAGGCGGUGAACAACCGUGGUCGUUUCCAGGAUUCAUAAUGGGAAGGGAAGUGGUGUGGUUUUGCAAUCUCUUGCCGCGGCCUUCCACGGGGUUCAGGCUUAAACACCUUGUCGGCGAACACGCUGGAACAAAUUGACACGUUGACUGUUAUGAUGUAUCUGAUUAUGCUUAGCCGCGCGUGAUGACAACUUCACAGUAGUCUAACUGUGUAAAUACACGUGAUAGGAAACUUAACCUCAAAUCAACGCAAAAACCAUGGGGCGUCGAAAAAAGGGUCGUUGUGUAAAAAAAAAUAAACAAAUUAAUCUGGAAGAAAAUCCAGAUGUAGUGAAAGCACCUCAUUCGUUUGUUAUUCAUCGUGGUUUACCUGGAGAGCAUAUCACAGAACUUACUAAAGAUUUCCGUAAAAUUAUGGAACCAUUUACAGCAUUAACAUUAAAGGAAAGAAAACGAAAUACAAUUAAAGAUUUUGUAUCUAUUGCCAGUGUGCUCCAUGUUACACAUAUGUGUAUUUUCACGAGGACAGAGCAAUCAAUGUAUUUUAAGUUAUGCAGAUUGCCGAGAGGACCUACGCUUUCAUUCAAAAUACAUAGCUUCUCUUUAGCUCGUGAUGUGGUAUCUAUGUUAAAAAAGCAAAUGGUAUUCGAAGAAUUAUUUAAACAUUCUCCACUUGUAGUAUUAAACAAUUUCAGUGGAGAAGGUAUGCAAUUAAAGCUUAUUGCUUCUAUGUUUCAAAACAUGUUUCCUACAAUAAAUCUAACUAAUGUAAAUUUAAAUACAAUACGUAGGUGUUUGUGUUUAAAUUAUAAUGAAACAUCAAAAACGAUUGAUCUUAGGCAUUAUGCUAUUAGAGUUGUGCCUGUUGGUUUAUCAAAAGGUGUUAAGAAAAUAGUACAAGCUAAAGUACCAAAUUUAUCAAAGUGUAGUGAUUUUUCUGAAUUUUUAACAAAAGAAACUGUCUCUGAAAGCGAAGCAGAAAAUGACCCUGCAAAUGAGAUCACAUUACCACAGACAUUAUCUUCACGUGGUAAUUAUGCAAGUAGUAAAAGUGCAAUUAGAUUAUCUGAAUUAGGACCUAGAUUAACAUUAGAGUUAAUAAAAAUUGAAGAUGGACUUCUGGAUGGCGAAGUACUUUUCCAUGAAUAUGUUCAUAAAUCAGAAGAAGAAAAAUUACAAAUAAAGAAAAAACGAGAAGAGAGGAAAAAAUUGAAGGAAAAAAGAAAGAAGAUACAGGAACGAAAUAAAAAACGGAAGGAAAUAGAGAAAGAGGAACAUAAAGAAAAAUCUCUGAAGGGGAUACAGAAAAAGAAAGAAAGCGAAAUAUUAUUACAAAAAAUUGCGAAAGAAUCGGUCGCAGAGAAUGUUGUGGAAGAAGAUGAUGAUGCACAAUAUUACCGUGAUGAAGUAGGAGAAGAACCCGACAAAGAUCUUUUUGAAAGAAAAGUUGGCGAAAAAAGACCCAAAAAAUUUACACCUAAAUACAAAACAAAAAAACUAAAACUAAGUCAAACGUGAACAUUUGAAUAAGAUAAUAAAUCGUAAAGGUGAUAUGAAAUACAUAAAAUAAUCUUGUACAUUUCAUAGUAAUAUUCCGAAUAAAAU